GGAAACCAUCUCAUUUGGUCUUUGAAAAAAGUUGCAUGCAUCACUUCCAAGACAUCCCAAAAAAGUGAAAGAAAAAGGAAAGAAAACUAUGCCACCUUCCUUAGACUGUGCACUAGUAGUUUCCAAGAACUAGGGCUGUUGUAGCAGACAAGUGAGAAUAAUCUGCACCAAGGAUCUCUUUGGAUACGUCUGGAAAAAGAAGAAGAAGAAGAAGAAGGAGAAGAAGAAUAGAAGAUGGAAAUUGAUGUGCCAGACAGGAUUAUUGACGGGCGCCGGAAAGCCGGCCAGACACCGAGGACUAAGUGUCCGGCUCCGUUUUUGUCGAAAACUUACGAUCUUUUGGAGGAAGAAGAAGAAAGAGAAGCAGAUGGCAGUGGAAGUGACGGUGGUGGGCGGAGGAUAGUGUCGUGGAAUGACGAAGGGACCGGAUUCGUUGUGUGGUCUCCGGCAGAGUUUUCGGAGCUCAUGUUGCCUAAGUACUUCAAGCACAGUAACUUCUCUAGCUUCAUUCGCCAACUUAAUACCUAUGGAUUCAAGAAGACUGCUUCCAAAAUAUGGGAAUUCCAGCAUGAGAAGUUCCAAAGGGGGGCCAGGCAUCUGCUUGUCGAGAUCACCCGGAAGAAGGGCGAACCCAGCGCCUUCCCGGCAUACCUAAAAGCAUCUCAAGAUCACACAGCAACAGCAGCAAUGGAGGAACAAAAUCACCUGCUGCUACUCAUGGAAGAGAACAAGAACCUGAGGAGAGAGAGAGAGGAACUGGAAAUGCAGAUUGCCCAUUUCAAAGCACUGGAAAUGAAGUUGUUGGGAUGCCUUUCUCAGUAUAUGAGCAACCACAAGCCCAAAGAGGAGGCUAAGUUAGAUUUAUGGUAGAAUUAAUGCAGAUGCAGGUAGUCCGCAUCUUCACAGGCAUGCCUAUUUUACUGAGCCUCUCUCCGAGCUCUCUAAGACUAGCUUAUAUAUUCGCCCGUCUUGCGCCUUAGGUGGUGGUGUUACGUGUUGGAGUGGCUCUUUCAGAACAACUGACAAUGGAAUGAAGAGGACCUGCUGAGGUUGAUGAGUGAAAAUGUGAAAUGAGAAGAAAAAAAAAGUGUGAAAAUUGUGUUUGAUUUUGUGGUCCUUUUGGUCAUGAAAUUGUACGAUUCACACGUGUUGAUUACAAUUUUUUUUUUUU